AUGGAAGCUGCACUAGCUUCUUCUUCAUCUUCUCUUCCCGCACCCGCACCUCAAUUUGAACCAAACACUGAAGCCAUAAAACGCAGGCUACUGAAAAAAGGCGUGUACCCAACUCCCAAAAUAAUCCAUAAUCUCCGCAAGAAAGAAAUCCAAAAACACAACCGCAAGCUCAACAAGAAUAGGGAGUUCCAAAAACAAGAACAAAAACAAGCCCUUUUAGCCUUAGAAGAAUCCCAUUUUCAAGCUCUAAAACAUGAAUACAAAGAGUUUAAUAAGGCAAUAAGCGGGAAAAGACGGGGUGAGAGUGGGGCUUUAUUAGUGGGGAAGCCAUGGGAGAGAAUAGAGAGAGUGAAGUUGAAAGAGAUCGGUAGUGGAAGUAGGGAGUUUAAUGGAAAUAAGUUAAAGAGAGAAAAUUUGAGAGAGUUGAAGGAGAUUUUUGAGGGUAAUUUGAAGUGGGUUUUGGAUGAUGAUAUUGAUUUGGAAGAUAAAGACUGGUUGAGAAGUGAUAGUGAACAGAAAUGGGACCCUGCGAAGCGGUGGCGUGGAGAAGGAGAGGCAAUUCGGUUUCUUGUUGAUAGGUUAAGUUGCAGAGAGGUAACUGUAAAGGAUUGGAAGUUAGCCAAGAUAAUGAAGCAGUCAGGGUUGAGGUUUAGUGAAGGUCAGUUGCUGAAGAUUGUGGAGGAGCUUGGGAACAAAGGUAAAUGGGCACAAGCAAUGACUGUUGUGGAAUGGGUGUAUAAUGAUAAGGAUCGUAGAGAUUGUAAGAGCAGGUUUGUUUACACAAAACUCCUGUCAGUUCUUGGGAAGGAAAGGAGGCCCCAGGAAGCACUUAGCAUUUUUAAUCUGAUGCGUGAAGACCGCAGUCUAUAUCCUGAUAUGGCCGCAUAUCACAGUAUUGCUGUUACACUCGGUCAAGCUGGUCUUCUGAAAGAGUUGGUGGAAGUUAUUGAAUGCAUGAGGCAGAAACCUUCUAAAAGAAUCAAUAAUAUGUUUCAUAAGAAAUGGGAUCCAGUCCUUGAACCAGAUCUGGUUAUAUAUAAUGCCAUACUGAAUGCUUGUGUUCCAUCCCAGCAGUGGAAAGGUGUAUCAUGGGUUUUUCAACAGUUGAGAAGGAGUGGUCUUAAACCCAAUGGAGCAACGUAUGGAUUAGCAAUGGAGGUAAUGCUGCAUUCUGGAAAGUAUGAAUCUGUCUACGAGUACUUUAGGAGAAUGAAGAGAAGUGGGGAAUCUCUAAAAUCCCUUACAUACAAAGUUCUUGUGAGAGCAUUUUGGGAGGAAGGUAAAGUCAAUGAAGCUGUGGAAGCAGUGAGGGAUAUGGAACAAAGAGGAGUAGUUGGAGCAGCCAGUGUGUAUUAUGAGCUAGCUUGCUGCCUUUGCUACAAUGGGAGGUGGCAAGAUGCUAUGCUAGAGGUUGAGAAAAUGAAAAGACUUCGUCAUAGAAAACCUUUGGAGGUUUCUCUCACUGGAAUGAUAGCGUCUUCUAUGGAUGGUGGGCAUAUUGAUGAUUGCAUAUCUAUCUUUGAACACAUGAAAGCCCAUUGUGUCCCUAACAUUGGGACAAUAAACACUAUGCUGAAAGUUUAUAGCCGAAGUGAUUUGUUCUCUGAAGCUAAGGAGUUGUUCGAGGACAUUAAAGGAGUUGAUCAUAGUGGCACUACCAUUAAACCAGAUGAGUACACAUAUAGCUCAAUGCUUCAGGCAUCUGCUCGUGCGCUCCAAUGGGAAUACUUUGAGUAUGUUUACAAGGAGAUGGCUUUCGCUGGGUAUCAGCUAGAUCAAAGUAAACAUGCGUCACAGCUUGUGGAAGCAUCUAGAUGUGGAAAGAGUCAUCUUCUGGAGCAUGCAUUCAAUGAAAUUUUGGAAGCUGGAGAAAUCCCUCAUCCGCUGUUUUUCACUGAAAUGGUGUUUCAAGCCACAGCCCAAGAGAAUUAUGAGAGGGCUGUUACCCUUGUUAACACCAUGGCUCAUGCCUCAUUUCAAAUUAGCGAAAGGCAGUGGACAUAUCUUUUUGAGAAAAAUGGAGAAAAAAUAAGUCAGGAUAGUUUAGAGAAGCUGUUGGAUGCAGUUGGUCAUUGUGAUAUGGCAUCAGAGGUCACAGUCUCUAACUUGUCAAGAUCAUUGCAGUCUCUACGUAGGUCUGGCUCAUCAGGAGAUUUACCGCACACUGAUUCUUGCAUUGAAGACACUAAUGAUUCUCAUUUCAAUACGAACAGUGGGGAAAUUGCUGGCGAUAAGAGCGCACAUAUGCUAACUUCUUCUGCAAGUAUGAUAGAUGGAAAUCUCAAGCUGGUUGUGGAUCCUUUUGUUAAUAAAACUAGUAGAACUUCAGAUAUGCCCCUUGUUAAUAACAGCAGUACCAACGGAACGGGUGAUGAACUGGAUGCGGCCUCUAGCACUGGAAACUCUGUUAAUAGCCUAGAUAUAGCAGCUAACCUAUCAGGGAAGAGGGAUGCUUUUGCUGAUGAUGUGGCAUCUGGUGCUUCUAAUGAAUGUUUAGGCAAGAAGCUCUCAAAUAUUUUAUUAGAAGAGCCUGCAAAAGAUGCUGAAGAGGUAGAACUUGAGAUAGGAACAACGGAAGCUGAUGAUUGGUAUGGAUCUGAAUUGCCCUCGGCUCAUCACAUACUAGAUGUUUGGAAGGAAAGCAGGAAAAAAGAUGGUGUAUUCUUCCCCUUUCAUCUUGGGCAGGAGCAACUGCCAAUUUCUGUACUGAAAAAUGCAAGUUGA